AUGUCAACAAGCAGAGUUAUAAAGGGCGCCGGAGAUGUUGCAACUGGGGUUGGGCAGAAGGAGGAAGGCGAAAAGGAAGACGACGAAAAAGAAGAAGAAGAAGAAAAAGAGAAUCAAGAAUCAAAAGAUGCCAAGGCCACCUUGAAGGCUCUUGGUCUCGUCUAUAUAUACGCAGGAAUGGCACGAGUAGCCAUCACAAGAGGGUGUGCCCGAGGCAAUGUCCUUCUCGCCUCGACUCAAGUCUUGUGUCUGGGGAUGCCGAUGCUUGGCAAAAACAAAACAAAUCCUGCACGCUCUACGAUUUAA